UAGUGCGCAUUACAUUGGUCGUACGCUGGAUUUUAAAAACGUUUUAAAACUGCUAAAAAAAAAACAAGAAACCCAAAAAGAAAAUAUUUGAAAAAAUAACCAAAUAAUCAAUUUAAUCAUCAAAUAAAAUUUUUAUUUGAAUAUAAAAGCAAAAGAUUGUGGAAUAAUGUAAAUGAAUAAAUAAAAUUUCCAUCUUUGCCCGCGUUGCCAUUAAAAGGGCAUAGAGUUACAGUAGAGUGAAAAAUAUGAAAAAGAACCUCUAAACAAAUAUACACAAAAGUGCUUCAUGAGGAUUUUCAAAGCAAAUAUUGGUAACCAAAUGAAAAAUGUAUUGAUUAGUGUGUGAUUUGACCAAGAGCGAUUUGCCUGAUUUACAAAAUAAUUCAAAGUGCAUAGAGUUUUUUGACAAGCGAUUCGAUUAACAAAAAAAAAAGAGUUGUGCUUAACCAAAACUCAUUUGCAUUCCACAAAAAAAGUAACCUUCAACAUAGCUCUGGAUUUCAUAGGUUUUUACAGUUCUUUUUAAUGGAUAGUGAAAAUAUAACGACUAUGUUGACAUUUAUUCGCUAAAGCUGCUUUACAUUGUGGACAUUCCUCUGCACUGCGUUUGUUGAAACUAUGACGGUGUGUUAAAUAAUUCCAUUUUUGCCUUUGAGGCAUGUCUUUGGUGGAUUAAAAAAGUUUUUUGUUUUUCGUUCAACUUAUUUUAUUUGAAAAGAGUGGAGAGAGAGGUCGCAGAAGACGUGCAAAAACAAACAAAGGCCAACAAUAACAAUAACAGAAAAACUAAAGCGGCAACAGCGUAACCCCCACAGUUCUCAGUGAAGAGCAAAGUCGAGGACAAACCUAACAACAACAACGACAACAUUCACAACGGGAUCACAUCGCCAUCGUCAGCAGCAUUAAAGUUAUCAACAACAAAACAACAUCAGCAAUAGCAAACAAAAAUUAGAAGCAACAAGGACAAACUCCAACAACCUACUCUCACAAUAAGACACACAGACACACACACACACACUCUACACACAACCUUCUUUGAAAAUAAUUUGCCCCUCCACAACAAUUAUUGGUACAGGAAAGAACCAUCCCAUAGGCAAACAAAUAAUCAAACACACAUUCCCACAGCAAGGACAACGACACUGCUGAUAUCCUGGCUAUCAGGAUUCGACCAACUGGAACAUAAUUUUUUCCACAAUUGACACAAAGAAAAUCUCAACAGCAACGACAACGACAACGUGGCAAAUACGUGUCAACAGUCCUACAAUCCAAGGUACCCCUGACACACAGACACAGAAAGCAUUCCCAUGAAAGGUUUGCUAACAUAAAGGGGGAGACCCAGAGAGAGCGAGAAAGAGAGAGCCAUCCAGUCAGCAUUCAACAACAGCAGCAGCAGCCAGAGCAAGAAGUAUUCGAUUGUUGGCAUCAUCAUAUCACACACACACAGUUACAUUCGAAACUAAAUCAACGUUAUCAGCAAUUAUCACAACGUUCCGUUGACAUUUCCAUCCACAUCAACAGCAUCGAAGGCAGCACCAACAGCAACACCACAUCAAACAUAUUAGCAUAGAUAGAGGAGACUGUCACACAAGCAUAUCGAUACUCAUACAUCCACACGCCCCAGUAAAGCAAUUAUUAAUAAAAAGAAGGAAAGCAGGAGAGAGCUUAAGAGAGCAGAGUGUUUGCAGAUAGGCCCAACAACAGCGCCUACAGAACAGACAUAACGACACAAGUGAAAUCCCUUUUAAACCAUAUCAAGCAGCUCUUCAAAAUCUCCUCUUCGCCCGUCAUACUGAAUUUAAGCGGGUGCACCCAUACACAGGCAACUACAUCAAUCAUUACAAGAGCACCUUGUGUUGCCUGCUGCAAGCAUAUCAUCUCGUCGACAUCGUGGUGAGACCACAUUUGCAUGUUGGCCAACAGCAUCGCAGCACCAUAGUGGUGGUCCUUAACUCAAUUCUUUGGCACUCCUCUGUCCCUGUCAUAGGCAUUCCUAGGCUGUGGUAGUGAGAAGAACUUCGACAGCCAGACUUUAUUUGGUCUUUGUAAACGUCAUUCUUGGAAUACUUCGACACAACACCAACGCAAGGCUUGCUUUUGAGGGAAAACUGGUGCACAACAAUUGCAGCAACAGCAGCAUCAUCAGCCAUCAGGACGUUAAGAAGACUAUUAACAUCAUUAUUGCCACCGCGGCUGCUAUUAACAUUUGCCUCCCGCUCCCCUCUCCCUCCCUGGUCCAAGGAGACCACACACAUUCCUUCAUUGCUCUCAAGUGUUUUGUAAAGUAUCGACAAAAUGAAGGCAACCAAGGAUAAUAUGCUGAUGCACGGUUUUAUAUUGGUGACUAUUCUGGCAACGGCCAAGAGUGCCGAGGCGGAAAUUACAAUGGAAGCUGCUUUUCAAGGACACUGUGGUCAUACCAGCCCCUGCGAACAAUUGUGCUAUGAAAUCCAUGAUGGCAUGUACGAAUGUGAUUGUAUCGAAGGUUAUGAACUCAAUAAAAAUGGUUAUAGCUGUCAAGUGAUAAACUCAACGAACAGCAGUGAUGGCCACAGCAAAUCGGACGAGGAUGUGCUUUAUCAAAAGGGAGCAUCGUUCAGUGCCAAAUUGGCCAAUGACAAUGCCGAUGAUAACCGUUUAAGUUCCAGUUAUGCAUCCUCGUCAGCGGCGCUGGCGUCAGCAUUGAAUCGCGACUCCGAUGAGGAUCUCAUCGAUGGUGAGGAUGAGUCUGCAUAUAUCAGUGAUGACUUGGGUCUGCUGGCCCAUCAGCAGAAAGUCAAUUCUAAUGAUUAUUACAUAUCAAAUGAAGGCGAUGACGAGAGUCUUAAUAGUGGUCCAGAGCGCGAUAUAAUCAGUGAUGAGUAUGAGGACAUUGCAUUUGAGCGCCACCAGGUAGCUGUGACCACAGCCAGACCGUUGAGUUUGUUGUUGCACCGCAAUCGAAAUGCACCUUCAGCGAGUCGUGGUGCUGCAAAACCCACAAAAACGUUGAAGGCAGGUGGCAAAACAAUAACAGUUGCCAAGUCGCCGACAACUACGGCGACAACAACAACGACAACGUCCACAACGGAAUCAUCAUUUUUGAAUGACAACAUGGAUGAUCUGGAUGAUUACUAUGCCAAGCAGGAUAUGUCCAUCUAUGACGAUGUCAAUAAUAAUCAAUUAAACUUAAGGCCCAUCAAUCAUUUAACAUAUCAGCAACAGCAACAAGAGAAACGUCAGCUGCAACAGCAACAACGGCAUCAAACGGAAGCACAAAUUAGCAGCCGAAGCAACAAUCGCCCACAACAGCCAUUGUAUCGCAAUGGCAAUAGCAACAACUCACAAAAAACUGCCACAGCAGCACAAAACUCUCCUGGUGCAAUUACAAAUUAUGCAACCGCCGCAAGUGGCACUGGCACCAGCAGCGGUGGCAUGGGUGGUGCCCAGGGGGCCAAAGGUGUUCCCGAACAACAAUCUGCAAACAUAUCAUAUAAUCUAAGUUCAUCCGAAACAAAUGAAAUUUGUAAUUUAGAAUGCGGAAUGGAUGGAAUAUGCGAAAGGUCUGAAGGAACCACUCGUUGUCAAUGUCCCUUUGGUAAAACCGGCAAUAAUUGUAUGGAAGAUAUUAAGGUACGAGUACCAAAAUUUUCAAAACACUCAUGGCUGGCAUUUCCGGCCUUGAAAGGAGCUUACAAACAUGUUCAAUUACGAAUUGAAUUCCGUCCCGAAUCAUUUGAUGGUAUCAUUUUAUUAAGUGGAGAACGUGAUGAUCUGACAGGAGAUUUUAUGGCAUUACUGCUGAACAAAGGUUUUGUUGAAUUUUGGUUUGAUUGUGGCAGUGGUGCGGGUAGUGUGCGUUCUCAUGAGACCAUACUUUUGAAUGAAUGGAAUUCUGUUGUGAUCUACCGUCACAGAUGGGAUGCUUGGUUGGUACUGAAUCAUGGCACCAAGGUUCAGGGCAGAUCAAAUGGGCUUUUCUCUCGCAUUACCUUCCGUGAGCCUGUCUUCUUGGGUGGCACUGGCAACAUAACAGGUCUGUCCAAUCGCCUUCCCAUUACGGUCGGCUUCAUGGGAUGCAUACGUCAUUUCAUGGCCAACGAUCAUGAAUAUAAAUUUGAGGAGCACCCUGCUGGAGAUGUCACCAAGGGCUUUGAUAUACAGGAUUGCAUUACGGAUAAAUGCUUCAAGUAUCCUUGCCAACAUGGCGGCAAAUGUUUGCCUUCGGAUCAAGGAGCCGUAUGUUUGUGCCCCAUUGGUUUUGUUGGGGAUUUAUGCGAAAUUCGUAUGGAUUUACAAGUUCCUUCCUUCAAUGGUUCCUCUUUUCUGCGUUAUGCACCAUUGGGUGACAGUGUGCUAAUUUGGCUGGAAUUGAAGGUUAUACUUAAACCCGAACAAGCCGACGGCCUGAUCUUGUACUCUGGCCCCAAGCAUCAUGGUGAUUUUAUUGCAUUGUCCCUAAAUAAUGGUUAUGUGGAAUUCAUUUUCAAUUUAGGCAAUGGUCCGGCUGUAGUGAGGAGUGAAUAUCCUUUGUCGAUUGGCCAAUGGCACAGCAUACGAAUUUCACGCACUGCCCGCUUAGCUGUUCUAAAGAUUGACCAAAUGCCCGAAGUAAUGACCAUUUCUUCCAAUGGUUUCUGGCACCUUUCACUCCCCGAGAAUUUCUUUGUGGGUGGUGUGAAUCACAUCGACAAAUUGCCCAUGGACUUGAAAAGUAAACCCUUUUUCAUGGGUUGCAUACAACGGAUUGAAAUAAAUGGCCACCCACUGUCCAUAAUAUCGGAAGCAUUGGGAGGCACAAACAUCGGCAAUUGUCCCCAUGCCUGUGUGGCCCGACCUUGUGGUCCUCUGUCUGAGUGUGUGCCACAAAUGGAGAGCUACGAGUGCCGCUGCAGUGCAUACAACGAGCAAUGCAAAAAAGCCAAAAAGGAAAUGAAAGCUGACGAAGAUUUCGAUAAGAAUGCCAGCAAAAUCCAAUCAAAAGUACCAAAGACCAAUAAGGCAGGCAAUGCGUUGGGCCGUAAUGAGCUGAGCGCAAAGGAUGGCAAGCUGCAUCAAAUGGAGCAACAGCCAAGGGGACCAAAGGCUCACAAGAAGGCAAAGAAACAACACAUGUUGUGGCAGCACAAGCAACAGCAGCAUAAAGUCAUGCAGCAACAGCAAAAACUGAGAGCAGCCACAAGGACAAGCAAUACAACGCCGUCUACUACCACUAGCACCAGCACAACCACAACGACGACUACGACACCACCUCCACCACCAUCAACAACAACAACAACAAUGAAUUGGCAGGAUUUGGAUAUUAUCAAUAAGGAUAUACUAGAGACACAAGAGACUUUGGAACACAUCAUGGAAAAGAUGAAGGCCGACGAUGUGGUACUCGACGACGAGGAGGAGGACGAGGUACAAGACGAGGAUGCCGAUGAGAUGGAAGAUGAUAUGAUAUUCCGAGACAUUAAAGCCAUGCAUGAACAGCAAGAACUAGAACAACAACACGAGGAGGAGAUGGAGAGACAAAAGCACUUGGCAUGGAGCAGCAGUGGUGGCAGCAAUAGCAACAACCUAAAAUCACAACGAAACCGCAACAAACGUAAACACUCGACCGCAGCUUCUACUUCGACUAGCACUACGACGACAACCACUACCACCACCACCACCACCUCUACUACCACUAGAACCCCAUCGACAACAAAACCCUUUGACAUGAAAUCUCAGUACAAACAAAAACAACCUCAGCCAUAUGAUUGGAAACCAGAUCCUCACCACAAGACACCUAUCAUGGACAAGCCACAACAUAAAUUAAGUCGUCUGCCCACACACUACGAAAGUUUCCAAACCAAUACCGGAAGUGACAUUUUAACCUUUGAGGACCCCAUAGCAUUGGAAGAACAAUGGCAGGAUUUCAAUGAACCCUCCUCUUCGUCUUCGUUUGAGUCUAACGAACAAAUUGAGGGUGCCCAGGAUAAGCACGAAACCGAUACAAAUGUGUCCAUCAAUGCGAAUGAUGAUGUGGAAGAUGAUGAUAGUGUACCUGCUAAUAAGGACACCCCAAUGGAGAAUACCAGCGAGGAUAUUUUUGUCAUGGACGACACUUUGUUCGAUGAGAGUGAUGGCACCGAGGACUAUCAGCGCAAACAGCUGGUCCAGGAUAUGAAACGUAUUAUGGCCAAUUCAAAAGUUCCCUAUACACCCAAACAACCGAAACUUAUCAUUACCGAGUAUGACUACAGUAAUGAGGAGGAUCAUCAUAACAGUCAGGACACUGGCAGCAGUGAUGAAGAGAACAAGGAACGGGCAAAGUUCCAGCAGACACAACCACAGCAGCCAGUACAGCAAAUGGAAAUCUUUCAGCAAUCUUCCCUAGAUGAUAGCACUCGAGGCGUUUCUAAUGACAGGGACAUGGGUGAUGCUGAUGCCUCCGAAGAAGAUAAUGUUGAUGAAGACAAUGAAGAUUCACAGGAAUUUGUGGAGAUCAAGAAGAAACCCAACUCUGAUCCCACACAAACGCACACCGAUUGGAGUCUCCUGAGUAAAUUUGACUUGCCCUCGAACGAAAAUCGUCCCCCCAUUGGAGUACGGAAAAAUUUCGGUGCCUGUUUUGUGGGCCAUGAGAGUUAUUUCCACUACAACGAUGCCGAGACCAUGAACCAGGUCAUCAGCAAUAACAUCGAUUUGAAUUUGCGAAUAAAGACACGCUCCGAACGAGGUGUCAUUUUGUGGACAGCCUGUGUGGGUACCAUGGAUCAGGACUCCGAUGAUUAUCUUUCGCUGGGCAUUGAAGAUGGCUUCCUCCACUUCCGUUACAAUUUGGGUUCGGGUGAGGUGGACAUACGAUUUAACGCCACGAAAAUCAGCGACGGCCUGUGGCAUCGAGUAAGGGCUAUAAGAAAUAAUCAGGAAGGCUACUUGGAAGUGGAUGGUCGCAAGAGUAUAACCUUGCGAUCGCCGGGUACACUACGUCAAUUAAACACCGAUACCGGGCUAUAUGUUGGUGGCCUACCCGAUUCGGUAUAUUUCCCGCGUCGAAGAUACACGAAUGGCAUUGUUGGCUGCAUAUCGGAAAUUGUCAUAUCCGGUGAAUUUAAAAUGAAUUUUGAUCCCAAUACAUUGGGGACAGCCCAUAAUGUGGAGACGGGCAUACUUUGAAACGUCAAUCCGUUGAUGCUUCGCAUAACUUAAGAUUAGUUGAAAUUAUCAUUUAUUUUUUAGGAUAUUAUUUGCCUAUAUAAGAGUACACAUAACUACAACCUAGAACAAGAGAAUAACGAAAUGCAAUGGACAUUAAACUGAAGAACAAUUUUCCCCCACACAAGCCCCAAAAUGAAAAAAAAAAACACCCACACCACAACAAAUGAUUAUCCUUACCGUUCCAUUAUACCACGACAAAAAAAAACCCACCCCCAUGCCACUUGCCUCAGCCUACAACAGACACGGAAUAUCCUCACCACACCCACACACACACACACUGAAUGAAAAUGUUUGUAUAAAGACGCUUUUAAAUAAAAAAAUAAAACAAAAAAAUAUAUAUAUACAUAUUAUUGAUGAAAAACAAAAAUUAAAAGAAAAACACAAAAACAAAUUUUAUAAAAUGAAACUCUAAUUAUAAGCAACAAAAAAACAAAAGAUAUGAAAGUGAAACGAAAAAAAAAAAUUAAACAAUCACUACGUUUGACAAAGAAGCAAAGGACACGCGCUUACACAGAUAUGUGAAAAACGAGCAACACACAAACACAUAGACACACACUGACUAUACAAACAACUAACAAAGCCACACACGCACAUCGGUGCACUAAACUAAGUUCAAACACUCACACUUGAAUACACACACACGCUGACUACACAGCCACAUGUUUACACAAACAUGAAUAUUUGAAUGGAAGGAAACGGAAACUGAACAUUUAAUAGCAAAAUAUUGUAUGAGAAAUGGCAGAAUUUGAAUAAAUAUUUGAAUAAAUGCAAUAAAAAAUACAUAUCAUAAAA